UGGUCCAAAAAAAAAGUACAAACGUAAAACAUGGUUUCAAAGGUCACAAUCUACACUUGCAGAAUGGGAAAAGUUGCAGAGUAUGAUUUGGGAAGUGAUGUUAUCCAGGGAAGUGUUAGAUGACUGCUGUCAAGUAUGCAGAGAAAGAGAAAAUGCAAUGACUGUCAUGAAAACUCUUUGUGCUAUCUAUGUGAUGAUAUUGUUCAUUCUACAUUUCCAUUACAUGAUAGAUGUUUAUUUUUUGAAGAUUAUGCCAAAAAAUUGUUGCCGUGGGAAUCAGCUAAUGAACAUCAUGAAAUAGAGCUGUCAAAAAAAACUCUUAAAUUAAAGUGCAUGUCAUGUACAUGUUGUGGUGGGAAAAAUUUGACAAAGAGAAUAACUGAAGAAGUUUGCAUUAUAGUAACUCUAAAAGGACGAUUUGAUCUGCACAAACAUCAUUUGCGCUGUGAAGACUGUUCUACUGUCAUUGAUCCAUUCACUAUUGGUGUUUUACUGAAGUCUGGCUAUUGGCCUGGUUGUGUUUUAUCAAUAAAUUAUUUAAUUAAAGAAGAAGUAUUUAUUCUCUGGGACACCUUCAGAAAGCGUAUGCCUGGAAGUUCAGAAAGAGCCUUUCUUAUGUCACUGAAUGAUAUUUCCAAUGACAACGGUCGGACUGGUAUCAUUGAUCCUACAAAUUUUUCUAUGUCAUUCAAGCAAUGGAAUUUUUGGUUGCACGAAAAAGAUAAAAUUCAAGAAAAAAACUGGCUGGAGUGCCCACCAUGUGAAAUUCAGCAGCAUAGUUGUCAUGUUGAUGGCAAUAGCAAGUUAUACCGUUAUCGACUUGGGAAGAGGAAAAGACCAAGUCAUUAUGCUGAUAAUUUUUUUGCAUCAAAUGAAAUUGUAAAAAAGUACGUUGAUGGAAUUUAUGGUGUCAAUGCCUUAAAGAAUUUACCCGAUUACUCGAAAUGUGGUGGUAAUUGGACUGCUGCCAAAAACACGAAAAGGAAAUGGGGAUCGCUUGAUGAAACUGGAAUUGAAGUUGCGACUUGUAGACAUUGUAUUGCACAAAAAGCUAUCAAUAUGUUUCAGGGUGAACUUUUCGCAUAUCCAAUGUUUUUAAUGAAAACAUUUAUGCUACCUAGAAACGUAAAAUUUGCAUAUGCAGAUGUGAUGUGUAAGUUAUGGAACUUCGCUAUCCGACACGAUACUUCAUUUAUUGAUCACAUCCAGCCAUCGUUAUCAGUGAUGCAUGCAAAAGGACAUGCAUUAGAUUGUCAGGUGAUAUGGAGUGGUGAAUGGGUGAAUGGCACAGGAAAAUCGACUGGAGAAGAAACUGAGCAACUGUUCAGUUUUUUAUCGCGUUUUGGUAAUACAACUAAACAUCAAUCACCCGAAAAUAGAGAAGAAACCAUAACUGAGAUGGUAUUUGCAUGGAACAAAAGAAAAAUAUUGAAAACUUCCUCAGAACUUAGACGACGAUAUAUCAAGAAUGAAAGCGAACUUGCAAAAACAACAGAUGCAUUGAAAAUUAUAAAAAAUGACAUGAAUGUAGAUUGUGAUGGAACAAUUGUGCAGUGGUUGGAGGAGAUUCAAAAGUGCGCCCGAGGAAUUAAAAACACGAGACAUCGAAAACUACUCUCAGAUGUAGAAAAAGCACUCCUUCUUAUUGACAACCUUCAGGAUUCGUCUUAUGCAUCGUUAAUUAACUCGUCAAUGGUUUUUCCGAAGCAAAUAAAAAGCAAUUUAUAUUACCGAUUGUUAGAAUUUGACAGAGCAAGCAAAGAUGACGAGCUCGCAAGACUACUUCCUCGAAUUACAGAAACGUCUUUAAAGGAAGCAUAUUGUUCUCUGCUGUACGAUAUUUGGAAGCCACUUCUGGAGCAACAAAUUGAAAAGCUGUUCUUAGAAAAAGUAGUGAUUGGUUCACAAAUUAAAAAAGUUGCAGACACAAGCAAGAGGCGUCAUGUCAUGAGAGGCAAGCAGGCAACUGUAAAUAAGAAAAUCAAGGAUAUUUUAGAUGAAUACUGUUUACUGUUCAGUUUAAAUGUUAAAACUGUCUUCGAAAGCUGUGAGAAAGGGGUUUUCGCCUGGCAAAACGUGCAUGACGUUUCAAAUACUGGUAGUGCUGUUGACAGACGUGUAUGUGUUGAAAAGUGGCUUCGCCAAAACCACUUACUAGAAGAACGUGGUAUAUUACAAAAUGAAAUGAAGAAUUGUUUGAAGUUUUACCAUGACAAAAUAACAAUGUUAACUGCUAAAUUGGACCAUACCAGAGCAAAAGGUAGUUCUGUUGAAAUACAAUCCGCUGAGGAAGAGCAGCCUUCUGAAGAUGAAAUCACGGAAGAAUAUUCUUCGAAUGAGUUACAACGUCGAUCGUAUAAAGGGGAACUAAUGCUUGUGCGGCUUGGUAUUUGGUUUUAUCGCAAUGAAAUGGAAAAAGCAAUUGAAGAUUUCCGGUCGAUCAUUGAUUCCACUGGAUGUACACCGACCAAUUUUCUGGAUAUUGAUUCUAGCAAAAUUAGCCAUUCGGUGGAAGAAGAAGGUGGAGAUGGCGUAGAAGAAGGUGGCGAUGGCGUAGAAGAUUUUGGCGAUGUAGAAGAUGUUGACGAGCCUGAAGAGCUAGAAAAUAUAAUUGAUCAAGAUGAUGUAAAUAUCACCAGAGAUUUCAUUGUUAAUUGCGGUGAUGAAUUGGCAAUGCGUUACAAAUUUGAUGAUUGUCAUACAAUCAUCCGUAAUGGUUGUCAAAAUGUUUUUUUACCUGAAACGUGUUGUCAAAGUAAAUUGAACGGUUCGAAUGGUAGCAGUGCGUGUGUGAUAAUAGCGUUGUUAAUGGGGUAUCUACUCGGGCAACUUACGGACAGUCUCCAAUUAUUUCGGGUAAAACACGGGUAUACCGCGUUUUAUCAUAAUCGUCUACCGCGUUUUGCUAUCUGACGUGCUUUUUGUCGUUUCAAGUUUGUGAAGAAGACAAGAAGGUGCCGCCAUUUUUGUGUUUUUGUGUUGACAGAAAUGGUUGGUUGUACCAUACAUUUGGCUGUUAAGGUAUUUGUGAUCACGCAGUAAAAACAAGGUACUCACCUGGAAACUUUUCAUAUUUUCGACGAUAUUUGCAUGGGUUAACAAAAUUGUUUGCAAAUUUUGAUAAAUCAACACCGUUAUCUUCGAGAAAUUCCUUAACAACUGUAUUUCCAGUAGUUCCAGGUAUAUGAUAUUUUCGGGCCAAGUCAGAGUAAUUUAUCUGCAAGAGGAAAUAAAUCGAUGUGUCACACAAGUUAUUUUUUUGUUCAAAAUUGGACAAUGAUAUAAAUGGCAAUGUGUUCAACACAAAUGUUAACAGAUACAUGAAGAUAUACCUUACUACCAACAUCCAUUCCUAACACUUCUUCAAGUAGAGCAUGACGAUCGAAAUUUAAUUUGUUUGGAUCUGGACUAUGUCGUUUUUUCUUGAUUGGUGUGUCAUCUACGUCUUGAUUUUGUUGUAAUUUUGUCCGCCCUAUGGUUAGAAACAACUCCUUAAUAUAUUUUGUUUAAAAUAAUUUUUACAGUUUUUAGUUUAGUCAAUAAUGAUUUGCGAGACUGAAUUCUACGAACCUAAGGUUUUAUUUAUUUUUGCUAUUUUUUUUGCAUUUAUUCACACAGCAACUUAUUUUCAUAACAUAGUUUUAAUUAUUUCUGCGUGUUAAUUUCGUGGGGUUAUAUACUUCAUCAUGAUAUAUGUUGAUUGCUUAUUUUUUCAUUUUAAUAUUUGUUUAUAUAUAUAUAUAUGCGUGUAUAUAAUUAUUUAUAAAUUUAUAUUCAAAAAAUGCAACAAUAAAAUAAUACCAUUCAAGAAAAACCAGUGCCUGUAGGUGAAUGGAGAUACAGUACAGGUGAAAGAUUAAAAUUAAAAAAUAUAUAUAGCUAUACCUAUCAUUAUUUUAAUUGAAUUUUCUUUACUUUCAAAGUAUUGAAUCGAUCUUGAUUUUUUGUAGGAAGCUUUUGAUUGUCUGAUGCCAAAGAUUGUGUCUGUUGCUUUAUUUUCACCAAAACAUUUUUUUUCCAAGGAUUUUUUUAUUAUUUUAUUCCGUUCUCUAAGCUCUUUCUUUUUAUCAGACUUGGACUUCACUUGAGCAAUAUUAGCUGAUUUGACCUUUGUGAGAACCUUUGUGAAUGGAGUGUCAUAUAUACUGUCCCAUUUUGAGUUGAUACUAUUAAGUACAGAUUCUGCCGUUGUUUUCAUAUAUGACAUGUCAGUCUUUGUUUGAGGAAUUGUCAAAUUUAUGGUGAUUGGAUGAACUGGUGUUGUGUUGAUACUGUUUGGAGUAGUAAUCGUUGAUAUGUUGUUAUAUGUUACAUUUACAGGUGUGGACGUAUUAUUUGUUGUAGUUGGAGUUUUAUUAUUCGUACUAUUUACAGUGUUUGAUAUAUCUGUUAAUGGUUUUUUAACAUUGUUGAUUUUUUUUGUUCUGUGUGAUGUUGAAACAGGAAAUGUAUUUUUAUUUUUUUCUAAUAAACUGCAUGCUUGACAUGCAUGUAUAGUAUGCCUAA